ACAUCGCUCGUAUUGCGCCUCUCUUACACCAUCGUAUAUUUAUCUAAGGCUUCUCGUUAAUUAGCCACAUUCACCCUGUAUCUCGGUCAGUGUUUCAGCACUGCAACAUCGGUUCAUGUCCAUGUGAGCAGCAAGAGUGUCGCAGGACAGCGCGCGAGACCCGCACCGUCACGCCACAGGACGUUCGCCUGUCUCCCACUGUCGAAUUCAACCACAACAUGUUUCGGAGCUUCAGCCCUCUCAUCUGAGGCCGGAGCACAGGUCUCGACAACCGCAGUAUCAGGACUGCCAGAUACCGUUUCCUGGACAUCAUCACGCGCUGAGCCUGAAUGUCGAAAAGCUCGGCAGAAAGUCAGAGCAGGGGCGGCUCCGUCCGAGACGUGAGGAUGGCCUCCAACAAUUCCUCACCCGAAGGAAGCUCUCCACCCCACCAGAACCGCAUCCGACAGUCGGACAGUAACACCAGCUUCCUGAGAGCAGCCAGAGCAGGAAAUGUUGAAAAGGUGCUGGAGUUCCUCAAGAGCGGACAGGACAUUUCUACGUGCAACCAGAACGGACUCAAUGCGCUCCAUCUAGCAGCCAAAGAGGGUCACGUGGGGCUGGUGGAGGAACUUCUGGAGAGGGGUGCAACCGUGGACUCUUCAACCAAGAAAGGGAACACUGCGUUACACAUUGCUUGUCUGGCUGGGCAGAAAGAGGUUGCGAAGCUGUUGGUGAAAAGAGGAGCGGAUGUUAACUCCCAAUCGCAGAAUGGCUUCAGUCCACUUUAUAUGGCUGCUCAAGAGAAUCACCUGGAUGUUGUGCGAUAUCUUCUGGAGAAUGGUGGAAACCAGAGCACAGCCACAGAGGAUGGCUUCACUCCUCUGGCCAUUGCUCUGCAGCAGGGUCAUAAUCAGGUGGUCUCUCUGCUCCUGGAACAUGACACAAAAGGUAAAGUCCGUCUGCCUGCUCUCCACAUCGCGGCUCGCAAAGAUGACACCAAAUCUGCUGCUUUGCUGCUCCAGAACGACCACAAUGCUGAUGUCCAGUCCAAGAUGAUGGUCAACAGGACUACAGAGAAUGGAAAGAGUGGCUUCACUCCUCUGCAUAUUGCUGCUCACUACGGUAAUGUUAAUGUGGCCACGCUGCUGCUCAACAGAGGGGCGGCUGUAGACUUCACAGCCAGGAAUGGUAUAACCCCUCUCCAUGUGGCCUCCAAACGAGGAAAUACCAACAUGAUUGAUCUGCUGCUAGAUAGGGGGUCUCAGAUUGAUGCCAAGACCAGGGAUGGCCUAACACCUCUGCACUGUGCAGCCAGAAGUGGACAUGACACUGCAGUGGAAAUACUGCUUGAAAAAGGAGCUCCCAUACUGGCACGGACCAAGAACGGACUGUCUCCGCUGCACAUGUCUGCUCAGGGUGAUCACGUCGAGUGUGUGAAACACCUGCUGCAACACAAGGCACCGGUUGAUGAUGUAACACUGGACUACCUGACCGCCCUUCAUGUUGCUGCCCACUGUGGUCACUACAGAGUCACAAAAUUACUGCUGGAUAAGAAAGCAAACCCUAACGCUAGAGCACUGAAUGGCUUCACUCCUCUGCAUAUUGCCUGCAAGAAGAACAGAGUGAAAGUCAUGGAACUGCUGGUUAAAUAUGGCGCCUCAAUCCAAGCCAUCACUGAGUCCGGCCUGACACCAAUCCAUGUUUCAGCAUUCAUGGGGCACCUCAAUAUUGUUCUCCUACUGCUACAGAAUGGAGCCUCACCUGAUGUCUGUAAUAUUCGUGGAGAGACUGCAUUGCACAUGGCUGCAAGGGCAGGACAGAUGGAGGUGGUGCGAUGUUUGCUAAGGAACGGCGCUCUGGUGGAUGCCAUGGCCAGAGAGGAUCAGACACCCCUUCACAUUGCGUCUCGCCUGGGUCAGACAGAGAUCGUGCAGCUGUUACUGCAGCACAUGGCUCACCCUGAUGCUUCCACCACUAAUGGAUACACACCUCUGCACAUCUCCGCUCGUGAAGGGCAGGUGGAAACGGCUGAGGUGCUGCUGGAGGCCGGAGCGUCUCAUUCGCUCUCCACAAAGAAAGGUUUUACUCCUCUACAUGUUGCUGCCAAGUAUGGAAGCCUGGAUGUGGCAAAACUCCUCCUACAGAAAAGAGCACUUCUUGAUGAUUCUGGAAAGUACGGUCUGACACCUCUGCAUGUAGCUGCUCACUAUGAUAACCAGCAGGUGGCGAUGAUGCUUUUGGAUAAAGGGGCCUCACCUCAUGCUACUGCUAAGAAUGGCUAUACACCUCUCCACAUUGCGUCAAAGAAGAACCAGACUCAGAUUGCCUCUGCGCUGCUUCAGUAUGGAGCAGAGACAAAUGCAUUGACCAAGCAGGGUGUGAGUCCGUUACACCUGGCCUCUCAGGAGGGGCACACAGAGAUGGCUUCCCUACUGCUGGAGAAGGGUGCACACGUCAAUGCUGGCACUAGGAGUGGUCUUUCUCCUCUUCACCUCUCUGCUCAGGAGGACAGAGUGCGGGUGGCUGAAAUACUCGUCAAGCACGAUGCCAACGUAGACCAGCAGACUAAAUUGGGCUACACUCCUCUUAUUGUUGCUUGUCACUAUGGAAAUGUAAAAACAGUUAAUUUCCUUUUGCAAAAUGGAGCUAACGUCAAUGCAAAAACUAAGAACGGCUACACGCCACUUCAUCAAGCUGCUCAGCAGGGAAAUACACACAUUAUCAAUGUCCUGUUGCAGCAUGGGGCCAAGCCUAAUGCCGUCACCAUGAAUGGUAACACAGCGCUCUCUAUCGCUAAACGUCUGGGGUACAUCUCAGUGGUGGACACUCUGAAAGUUGUUACUGAGGAAAUAAUCACAACAACCACCACGGUGACAGAGAAACACAAAAUGAACGUUCCAGAGACCAUGACAGAAGUUCUGGAUGUGUCUGAUGAGGAGGGUGAGGACACUAUGACAGGUGAUGGAGGGGAGUACCUGAGAGCAGAGGACCUGAGAGAACUUGGUGAUGACUCUCUACCGGGACACUACCUGGACGGCAUGAGCUACACCCACAACUUAGACCGGUCCCAUGAGACCCCCAGUCAUCUUGCUUACAGGGGUGAAGGAAUCUUGAUUGAGGACAUGAUCUCCAGCCACCAGUUUCAUAAGGUAUCAGCGUUCUCUCGAGAGCAUGAGAAGGACUCGUAUCGACUGAGCUGGGGUGCUGAACAUCUGGAUAAUGUGGUGCUAACCAGCACUCUUCUGCAGUCAGGCCAAUCAACCCCAUGCCUUGACCAUGACAACAGCAGUUUCCUGGUGAGUUUCAUGGUGGAUGCUCGCGGCGGAGCCAUGCGUGGCUGUCGGCACAAUGGGCUACGCAUUAUUGUGCCACCUAGAAAGUGCUCGGCCCCGACACGGGUCACAUGUCGUCUGGUGAAGAGGCACAGACUGGCCUCUAUGCCCCCUAUGGUGGAGGGAGAGGGGCUCGCAGGCAAGAUCAUUGAAGUUGGACCCACCGGAGCCCAGUUUCUUGGUAAACUCCACCUCCCAACAGCCCCUCCUCCUCUUAAUGAGGGUGAAAGUCUUGUCAGCAGAAUUCUGCAGCUGGGGCCACCCGGCACCAAAUUCCUCGGGCCUGUAAUAGUAGAGAUCCCUCACUUUGCUGCAUUGCGUGGGACAGAGAGAGAGUUAGUGAUUCUGCGCAGUGAGACUGGAGAGAGCUGGAGAGAACAUCACUGUGAACAUACAGAAGAGGAGCUCAAUCAGAUACUCAAUGGCAUGGACGAAGAACUGGACAGUCCUGAGGAGCUGGAGAAAAAGCGAAUAUGUCGCCUUAUCACCCGGGAUUUCCCACAAUACUUUGCUGUGGUGUCCCGCAUUAAACAGGACAGUCACCUGAUUGGUCCAGAGGGUGGGGUGCUAAGCAGCACACUUGUUCCACAGGUCCAGGCUGUGUUCCCCGAGGGAGCCCUGACUAAACGGAUACGUGUGGGACUACAGGCCCAGCCCAUCAGUGAGGACCUGGUGAGGAAGAUCCUGGGUAGUAAGGCUACGUUCAGCCCAAUUGUUACGUUGGAACCCAGAAGACGCAAGUUUCACAAGCCCAUCACCAUGACCAUUCCUGUCCCUAAAAGCCCAUCCAGUGACGGGACCAGCAGUACACCCACUCUACGACUGCUAUGUAGCAUUACUGGAGGGACAACUCCAGCACAGUGGGAGGACAUAACUGGAUCCACACCUCUGACAUUCAUCAACCAGUGUGUUUCAUUUACCACCAAUGUAUCAGCAAGGUUCUGGCUCAUAGAUUGCCGUCAGAUCCAGGAGUCUGUGAACUUCUCCAGUCAGCUGUAUCGUGAGAUCAUCUGUGUGCCCUAUAUGGCCAAGUUUGUCAUCUUCGCCAAGACUUUAGACCCCAUCGAAGCACGACUCCGCUGCUUCUGUAUGACGGAUGAUAAGAUGGACAAAACUCUGGAGCAGCAGGAGAACUUCACCGAGGUGGCUCGUAGUCGAGAUGUCGAGGUACUAGAGGGAAAGCCAAUCUUUGCCGACUGCUUUGGAAAUCUGGUCCCACUGACCAAAAGUGGACAGCACCAUGUGUUCAGUUUCUAUGCCUUUAAAGAAAACCGUCUUUCUCUAUUUAUCAAAAUUCGUGACAGCACUCAAGAACCAUGUGGCAGACUGUCUUUUACAAAAGAGCCAAGAACAUAUCGCAGUCUAAACCACAAUGCAAUAUGCAACCUGAACAUCUGCCUACCUAUCUACUCAAAGGAAUCCGAUUCUGACGAAGAUGCAGAUGUAGAGAGUGAGAAGACACAUGAGAAAUAUUAUGAUGGAUCUGACACAACAGAGUUUUCUAUGAUGCAAAUCAUACAUGACCCUGCCACACUCGCAAGUCCAGAUCUGCUUUCAGACGUGUCCGAUAUGAAGCAGGACCUGAUUAAAGUGUCAGUCCUUCUGACCUCUGAAAAAUCUGAAAUAUCGUGCUCGUCGGAUGCCAGAGAGAGAUCAGACAAGGCUAGGGAAGAAGAAGUGGACGAGCCAUUUGAAAUUGUUGAAAAAGUGAAAGAGGACUUGGAAAAGGUAGAAGAGAUCCUCCGUGAGGGAACAAUGGAUGACACAAAGAGGGAAAGUGCUAUUGGGAUAUCUGUAACCAUUGAUGGUGAUGAGUGGGUACUUCUCGGUGAGACAGAUGUUGAAGAAUCCAAAAGCAAAAACAUCACUGAAGACCAAGAGACACUCAUUCAGGAAGUUCGAAUCACAAGAGACACUAUAUCAAGUUCUUUUCCUAAGAGGGAUAUGUCAGGUAUGGUUUCAUAUCUCAGUGGUGACUUAGAACAAUGUCUGCAGGAACCUGUACCAUUUAGUCAUUCACAAGAUGUAGAUAUUGUUCAAGAAAGCUUUAAAGAGGUAUUUGUUGCCCGUGCUAAACACCGUCCAGCAGAAAUCAAAAAGCCAGUGAGGAAAAAGCGUAAAGAGAGGGAGUUUGCAAGUGGCAGUUCUGAAGAUGACCUGGAAAGGAUGAGUAGGAGUCAGUCUGAGGAGUCUCUUGAUGAAGAUGCAGUUAUUGGUGGAUCUGGACCUGUCUUUUUAUCGGGUCCUGUGUCUCCUAGAGUUGUAGAAACUCCAAUUGGAUCCAUUAAAGACAGGGUUAAGGCACUGCAGAUGAAGGUUGAAGAAGAAAAGGAGGUGGACAAUCAAAACUGGAAAGUGAAUACUUCCCAGGGUAAGCCAUAUGUCAAAGAGGCAGAAAAAUCAACCAAUCUUCCUCCAAAAUCCCCCAGAUCUCCAAAGUCACAGACAGAAAGGCUGGAAGAAACCAUGUCUGUAAGAGAACUGAUGAAGGCAUUUCAGACUGGCCAAGAUCCAUCAAAAAGCAAGUCUGGACUUUUUGAACAUAAAGCAAUUACGGUUGUAACCUCUGAGAUGGCAACUUCUGAUGUGACGCAGGUUCCCCCAACAUAUGAUUACCAAAUGACAGUAACAGCUCAACAUUUACAAGAAGAAGCAAUUACCACUGAGACCUCUGAAAAGGCAAGUCCUAAUGUAACACAGAUUUCUCCGACAUAUGACAGCCAACUAACAGGAACAACCCAACAUUUACAAGAAAGAGAAAAUACGUCUGAGACCUCUGAAACGGCAAGUCCUACCGUAACACAGAUUUCUCCGACAUAUGACAGCCAUCUGACAGUCACAACCCAACAUUUACAAGAAAGAGCAAUUACGACUGAGACCUCUGAAACGCCAAGUCCUAUUCUAACACAGAUUCCUCUGACAAGUGACAGUCAACUAACAGUAACAACCCAACAUUUACAAGAAAGAGAAAUUACGACUGAGAGCUCUGAAACGGCAAGUCCUCUCAUAACACAGAUUUCUCCGACAUAUGACAGCCAACUAACAGUAACAACCCAACAUUUACAAGAAAGAGAAAAUAUGACCGAGACCUCUGAAACGGCAAGUCCUAUUGUAACACAGAUUCCUCUGACAAGUGACAGUCAACUAACAGUAACAACCCAACAAUUACAAGAAAGAGAAAUUACGACUGAGAGAUUUGAAACGGCAAGUCCUACCAUAACACAGAUUUCUCCGACAUAUGACAGCCAACUGACAGUCACAACCCAACAUUUACAAGAAAGAGCAAUUACGACUGAGACCUCUGAAACGCCAAGUCCUAUUGUAGCACAGAUUCCUCCGACAAGUGACAGUCAACUAACAGUAACAACCCAACAUUUACAAGAAAGAGAAAUUACGACUGAGAGCUCUGAAAUGCCAAGUCCUACAGUAACACAAAUUUCUCCGACAUAUGACAGCCAACUGACAGUCACAACCCAACAUUUACAAGAAAGAGCAAUUACGACUCAGACCUCUGAAACGCCAAGUCCUAUUCUAACACAGAUUCCUCUGACAAGUGACAGUCAACUAACAGUAACAACCCAACAUUUACAAGAAAGAGAAAUUACGACUGAGAGCUCUGAAACGGCAAGUCCUACCGUAACACAGAUUUCUCCGACAUAUGACAGCCAACUAACAGUAACAACCCAACAUUUACAAGAAAGAGCAAUUACGACUGAGACCUCUGAAACGCCAAGUCCUAUUCUAACACAGAUUCCUCUGACAAGUGACAGUCAACUAACAGUAACAACCCAACAUUUACAAGAAAGAGAAAUUACGACUGAGAGCUCUGAAACGGCAAGUCCUAUCAUAACACAGAUUUCUCCGACAUAUGACAGCCAACUAACAGUAACAACCCAACAUUUACAAGAAAAAGAAAAUAUGACCGAGACCUCUGAAACGGCAAGUCCUAUUGUAACACAGAUUCCUCCGACAAGUGACAGUCAACUAACAGUAACAACCCAACAAUUACAAGAAAGAGAAAUUACGACUGAGAGCUUUGAAACGGCAAGUCCUACCGUAACACAGAUUUCUCCGACAUAUGACAGCCAACUGACAGUCACAACCCAACAUUUACAAGAAAGAGCAAUUACGACUGAGACCUCUGAAACGCCAAGUCCUAUUGUAGCACAGAUUCCUCCAACAAGUGACAGUCAACUAACAGUAACAACCCAACAAUUACAAGAAAGAGAAAUUACGACUGAGAGCUCUGAAACGGCAAGUCCUACCGUAACACAGAUUUCUCCGACAUAUGACAGCCAACUGACAGUCACAACCCAACAUUUACAAGAAAGAGCAAUUACGACUGAGACCUCUGAAACGGCAAGUCCUAAUGUAACACAGAUUACGACUGUUGUAACCUCUGAAACGUCAAGUUCUGAUAUGAUGCAGGUCCCUCCUACAUAUGAUAAACAAAUGACAGUAUCAACCCAACAUUUACAAGAAAAAAAUGUUGUAGAAAACAAAAUCAUUCAAGAAUCAUAUUUUGACCCAAACACAAUUCAAUGUAAACCAAUGGUCGAUGAUGGUGAAACAGUAAACAGUACUUUUUUAAACAGUACUUUGUCCAUCCAAAAUACAGAAGGUGAUCCAGCUAUAACUUCCAACAUUAUCUUUAACUUUAAAGAGGAAACCUCUCGGGAAGACCUGCUCUCUGAGCUUACAUCAAUGGACCAAAAUGGAAAACCAUCUCAGGAACAAGGCAGAUUUGAGACUGAGGAACAACAAAUAACUUCUGAGCUAUUAGAAAAUGAAGACCCAGGGCUGAUUCCUGAGAGAAUGUAUUAUGAAGAUAACAUCUACCAGAAUAGGAGAUUGUCUGUGGAACCUCAGAUCAGCCCAGACAGGAAACCAUCAGAAGACUUCAGCGCAGAUAUUAAGGCAGAACUUGAGGACAGUCCUGGAUAUCUGCUCUUUAGGCGGACAUCGGGUGAAGCAAGUAAACGCUAUUUAAUGUGUAGAGAUGGCCCUUCAUUAGACGAUGAGGAGCAGAUACAUCAGGUAGCUGUGGAUCAAAGUAAAUCAAAUAUUAUCACUGCAUUUGCUACUGCAAUGGUGCAAGGUGAGCCCUUACUUAAAAGUGAAAUACACGAAGACUCAGAAGAAAGUCCUGAUAGUGUGAAACACGAGGCCUUGGUAGACUCUCCUGGAAAUAGUACAGGAACUAGGACUCCUUACACCAGCACAUGUGACAAUGAUACAUAUGAUGGACUUGCUGAAACCCCUCAAAAUAGCCCUGAAAUCCUUGUUACUCCAACUGAAAAAACACAAGUCAGACAUCAAGAGGCUAAAGAGACAACUUACCAGUCAAUUUUGGUGACAUCACAUGAAAGAGCAGAGAGUGACAAAAGUGUCCAAUUAUGUUCAGUAACCGCCACAAAAAGCAAGACAUCACCUUAUGAUUCUAAGAUUGAAUCACCUUCCCUAUUGACCACAACUGAUUCACCAUCCAGUGAUGACUCUAAAAUGUAUUCACUUUCUCCUUCCUCCAAAACGGAGUCACCAUCCUCCACUAAUUCGAAGACAAUAGUUCAAGAGACAAUUGAAGUUAUGAAAUGGGACAGUGAAACAUCUGCACAUGACAUGAGAAGUGAUUCAUCCUAUAGAUAUGAUAUGAAGCCAACAGAAUUCAGUGUAAUCAAUGAGUCUGAGAAGAUACUUCAACAUUGCCAUCACAGUCCAGAUGCACUUGAUAGACCUUCUACAUUAGAUUCUCUGCAACCUGAAAGCAUAAGUGACUCUAAAACUCUCUGGAGAACAGACUCAUUUGAGACUACUCUCAUCAGAGAAGAUGGUCCAUCUCCAAAAACGCCAGACUCUAUCGAGCCAAGCCCAAACAAGGAGUCCCCAUGGCAAGACUCAUUAGAGGGUAGCCCCAGUGGGGAGGAGAAUGGACAAUUAAGUUAUAUUGAAAGGGUCUUUUCAACAAGUCAGUCUUUCGCUUCUGAUUCAAGAAAAAAAUUAGACACAGAAAAUAAUUCUGAACAAGACAUUUAUUUAGAAAGUGAGUCCUCCCAAGGGUCCCAUGAGACCCCAGAAAUGCAGUGCCUUUCCAUGACCCUGGAGCAAAAAGAAGAGGUACUUGACAGUGAGGAUCUUCAUGAUUUUGAUGCUUUACAAAGGCAAUUCACUCCAGAAGAAGAGAUGUUUAAGAUGGCUGCAAAGAUCAAAACAUUUGAUGAAAUGGAAAAGGACGCAAGAGUUAAAAAGGUCAAAUUUAAUUUUGAUUGUGAUUUUAAACAAUUGAAAGAAGAAAACCUGUCACCACAUGAAAGUCCUCUAGACUUUGACUCAAUGUUAACAAAAGAUUCAGAAGAGCAGUGCUUGGAGAAUCUGACUGAAUCUGGCCUACAACCUUCAUUGUCUGAUGAGGAUUAUGAAAACCCUGAGUUGGAAGAGUCAUCCAACAAAGUAUCAUAUGUAACCAGUGAGAUUUUAAAGACCAUGGACAAAGGUGAGCAAGACCAUACCCAUUUGAAGACUGUGGAUUUACAGACAUGCACAAACAUACCAUCUUUGCCAACCCAUGUAAACAAGGAGAAAGACUAUGAACAGUUUUCUACAGAGUACCAUACUACAGUGACCAGUGGGACUACACCUGAGGAGGAUCUGGUUAUUACAUCAGCAGAAAGCAAAACAGACAUUGAGAUCGAUGCUGAUGUUGAUUCCAAUUCUCCUGGUGAGAGACCAACUUCUGAAAAAGAGCUAGAACUAGUUUUUCCUAAUGAAAUUAUAGGUACUACUACUGCAGCCAAGGAAGUGCAAAAUGAAUCCCCGACAAAUUUCUGUAUUUAUGAAGAGGACAAUGAAGGAAAGCCAGAUAAAAUUCCAUCAUCUACUCCAAGAGACUUGGUUCCCUGGAGUGCUGAAGUGGAAGAUGAUGAGGCAUUUGAUGCACAAAUUGAAGCUGAGGAGCAGAAAAUACUUGCUUUGUGUACAGACAGACAAUCCCAUGGAACCACACCUGACACUCCUGGACGUACCCCUACUGAAGAGGGGACACCAAAUCCUUUCCUUUUCCAAGAAGGAAAACUAUUUGAGAUGACCAGAGGUGGAGCCAUUGACAUGACCAAGAGGACAAUGGAGGAAGAGGAAGAAAGAUUAGCCUUUUUUCCAAUAAAUGAAGAUCCAAGUGAAGAUUUUGAACAAGUCAAUUCCAACACUAGUGAGUCUGUUGCAGUAGCUUCAUUUGAGUUGACUGCAGAUGGUUUAGUGCAUGAAGACAGGUUUACUGAGGAACCUGAUGCAAAGUCUGAUGGCUUUAGUCAAACUGGAGCCAAGAUUAAACCAGAACAUUCAGAACCGAUUAAAUUCCCUCUACAGAGUGAACUAAAGAGCCCCACAGAGGAUAAUGGAAUCCAUGAAGACACACUGAUACCGAAUGUUGACACUGCCACUUAUACAGUAACUCGAACAGUUUAUUCUGAGCAAGACCUGGAAUCCUCCGACUCCUCAGUAGAUGAUGAACAGCAUUCUGUUGUUGAAAUGCCCAUUUCCAACCAAGUAUCAAUGAUUUCCUCUAGUGCCUCAGCUCAUACUGUUAGUCAACAGCAAUUCCAGACAUCACGUUCAAUGUCCACUCCAUUCAAGGACAUUGCUGCUGAAAUCGAGGACACAACAUCUAAGCCAAAAACUGCUGUGAAAGCAGCAAGCUUUGACCAAAUUUUAGGACCAGGGGACUCCAUUGAGCAGAAUCAAAGGCCUAAAUCUGAGGCAGAUAUUGGUAUCUCAGAAUGGUCCAUGUCUGUUGUGGAUGAUCACACUAAUAUAGAAAGCAACUACACCAAACCAAAGAUUUCAUCCUCCCAGAUGCCUCCACAGUAUUCUGCAUCCAGUCAACCUGAACUACCUGCAGAAGUCUUUCAGGAAUUAGACCCUUCUAGGAACACAGAGUGUGAUGAAACCAAAGGAGACAGAGCCUCUGUUGAGUUAGGGAUAGAAAGUUUGAAAGCAAUUCGACCCCCGUCCGUAGGCGAUGAUGUCUUUGAGUCAAGGGCCUACUGGGAGGAUUGUGUGGAGACACAGAUGCAGAGAAUCUCAGACAGCACUACCCCAGACCAAAGUAAAGUGGACUGGCAUGAUGAUGCAGAUAGGAAAGAAGAGACUUUGGCCAUAAUUGCUGACCUUCUAGGUUUUAGUUGGACAGAACUGGCCAAGGAGUUGGAAUUCAAUGAAGAUGAGAUUCAGCAAGUGCGUGCUGAAAACCCAAAUUCAUUACAAGAGCAGAGUUAUGCCCUUUUGCAGCGCUGGGUAGAAAGAGAAGGAAAGCAUGCGACUGAAGAUACAUUGAUUAAAAGAAUCACUAAAAUAAAUCGCAUGGACAUUGUUCAUCUUAUUGAGAUUCAAAUGCACAAGUCAAUCCAGGAGCAAACCUCAAGAACAUAUGCAGAGAUUGAAAGGACUUUAGAUCACAGUGAAGCUCUCUCCUCAGUCCAAGAGGAUGUUGACAGUCUCCGGGUGGUGCGGAGAGUGGAGACUUCACAAAGGCAUCCUCCAGCUGUGUCAGAAGAAGACUUAUCUGUGGCCUCUCUCCUUGACAUUCCCUCAUGGGCUGAAACAAUGGGAAACAUCCAUUCAGAGAGCAUUCAUGGAGAUCUGAUGGAGGAACUGGAGAUCAACCAGGACAGCUUCACCAAUCCAUGGCUGUUUCAAGAGGUCAAGAAAGAAUCUACAAAGGAAGCUGAAUAUGAAGAAGGCGAUAAUGUUCCAGACAUUCCUCCACAGUCGGUAACAGAAGAGCAAUACACAGAUGCACAGGGAAACUUGGUUGUGAAGAAGGUGACCAGGAAGGUCAUUCGACGGUGUGUGUCAUCUGAUGGGGUGGAGACAGAGCAGGUAAGGGUGGAGGGCUCCACCCAACAGCCUGUCAAUGUGGCGCUGGGGGACGGAUAUUCGAAAGUAAGGAAGAGGACAGUACUGAAGAGCGAAGGACAUCAGACAGAGGUUACUUUCCAUGAGCAAGACAACAUGUCAGCUUCGGGGGAGUCUGUUGUAGGUCAAGAGGUCAGACAGGUGGUCCAAACCACAGUGGUACAUGGAGAACAGCUGGAAAAGCAUGAGGGGGAUCCUUUCCUCGCCACAGACCUGCCCUCUGCACGGGAUGACUUCACCCAGGACAAGGAUGCAGAAGUCUAGGACCCAAAGGAGGUCAGUAGUGAGGGAUGCUGGGGGACAGAAGCGUGUGUGUGUGGACCAGAUAGACGAUCGAUCUGAGCCACAUGACAACCUACAGCAUCACCUCCAUCACCUCAUUCACCACUACUGUGCCCAAAAUGACUGAGAGGAAGAGAGGGAGGAAGCUGAAGAGAAGUCAGAGUGAUGGUUUCCCUACCUUCAUUUUCCUCUCCCAAUCUCCAUCGCUCCUCUCUUUGAGCCUGUCCGCCCUCCUAACCACUCCUAUGCACCACGCUCAUGCAAUCCCAGAGUGCACUUCACUCCUGCCGCUUCCAGUCUUCCUGUCCAGUCAAACUGGAUGUUUGCCCAGUUUAAGUCAACGGACAAUAUUUUCUCGCUCCUUAUUUUCCCCAGUCCACCAUGAGUGUUUAUCUGUUUGUCUUCCAUUGUGACCAAAGGGUGUUCUUUCCUUUCCUUUCCUUUGCUUUUUAAACCCCUCAGUUAUGAAAUAAUGAAUACAAAUACACUCACGCACAAAAAAAGAAGAAAGGAAAUCACAAUAACCAAAAUGUUUUUAUCAAAACAGAAAAAAAAAGUCCUGGUCGUUCAUUCUCGGAACAUUUUAAGCUCGAACUAACUGAACCUGUGCUGCACUGCCUACCACGACUAUUGAAUAUCAUUGCAUUCUAUCGCCACAUCAUGACAUGCUGUUUUAAUCUCAACGGUUGAGAUGUCUGAAAACUUCUUGCCUUCUUUAUCAGCUGUUGGGGUAUUUGUGUGUCUGUGUAUUCUGUCCAUGGAGAGUAUAUAUAAUAUGCAUUUUUAAAAUGACAGUAGAUCACAUUAGCCACCUGUAAGGAUAUUAGCGCAGGCAUGCUUAGCUAGCAGCAGACACUUACUGUAUUAAUAACACUCUUUCUAUGGUUAGAUGACUGUCAUUUUUCAGCCUCACCCCUCUCUUUGUGUCUGUGAUCUGUAGCAAUUCUAGUCAUCCUCAUCAUCACUGGAGUUUAAACAUUUCAGUACAGCUUUUUGUUAUUAUAGAUCACAUCAACACACGUUUUUUUUGGUUUUAAACUUACUUUGACAAGCGUUUCAAGAGGGACUCAGAAAGCAAAGGUGGAAUCAAUUUUAAAUGAUCAGUUAAAUGUUACACAUAUGAUUCUAUUUUUUAAACUUUCCAUCUGAAUUUAUUCUUAUCUUUGAGCGUGUGCGGUUGAGUGUGCGUGAAAACCGAAAUGUGGUAUUUUAUUCAUUUUUUUCUGUAUAUAAUACUCAAUAUCAGUAUGUGUUAGGGAAUCUCUGAGGUAUUUAUCUUAUUGGUUUCAGAAGAGCAUAAUGGAUGUAUGUUUUCAAAAAGAAUGUUUUAUUUUGAUGUAUUACAUUUAUAUACUUUGUGCGUCAUGAAACCGGUCCAAACGAGUGAAUAUUUCUUUUGAUUCACCAAAUCACAGGUUAGCUUUAGUCGAGACCACUGGGAAGAAGAGUGUACCAUGAGAUGUUCUUAUUACUUUUCCUUUUUAACUGCAGAUUAAUACAGCUGUGUUAGCAGAGGUUGUUUUUAAAGCUGAUCUGAGGCCAGCUGUGCUUUGUUCCCCUUAUAAUGAUUUGGGUUUUGGAAACUGGCCCUGGAACAGCAUUAAAAGUCAUCCUCUCAUUAAAGGGAUAGUUCACUUUGAAAUUAAUUGUUGAUAUGUUUUAGCUUACCUCAAGGGCAUCCAAGAUGUA